AUGAAUGAUUUGGAUAAAACUAAAGUUCUGAUAGGUAAAGGAGGUUACGGAGAAGUGUUCCUUGUACAUUGCAAGCUUAAUUUCCAAAAAUAUGCAAUGAAAAGACUAUUUAAAGAAAUUAUCACCAAUUCAGGGCUAGGUAGACUAAUAAUGCGUGAGAAAGAAAUCACUGACGAGCUUGAGCAUCCAAAUAUUGUGAGACUUGAAGGAUAUUUUCACGAUUCUGAUUAUUGUUAUUUUCUAUUCGAACUUUGUCCAAUUGGAAACCUUAGGACCCUCAUCACAAAUUUCGGUUCUCUAAGUGUAAAUCUGACUAGGUUUUAUAUCAUGGAGAUAAUUAAUGCCUUGGUAUAUUUACGAGACAAUAAGGUUGUCCACCGUGACUUGAAACCCCAGAAUCUUCUGCUAGAUGAUACACUACAUAUUAAGCUAUGUGAUUUUGGAGCAGCCAAAAAGUACGAUGCUGAAGAAGUUGAUUACGCUAUCCAAGAAGAUACUGAGCUUAUGGAUGACAAGACAGAAGUCGAGGAAAGCUCAGACUCUGACUCUGAUAGUGACAUCAGCGAUGAUGAGUUUGAAAAACUCCAAAAAUUAAAAGUUCAGAGAGAAGAAUCAAGAAAGAGAAACACUCAUAUUGGAACACCUUUAUAUCUUAGUCCUGAAAUGUUGAUGAGUCAUUUGGCUUGAUUCAGUUCAGACCUUUGGGCACUUGGCUGUAUCAUUUCUGAGUGCCUUACAGGCAACGCUUUGUUUAGAGGCAAACAAAAAUGGGAGAUUGAAGAUAAAAUUAGAAACAAUGAUUUCCCAAUCCCUGAUCAAAUUGAUAAAGAUGCGAGGGAUUUAAUCAAAAAGUUACUUAGAAAAUGACCAUUUAAAAGACUUGGUGCAGGAGUUGAUGGAUCUAAGUAUUCUCUUGAAGAACUCAAAAAGCACCCAUUCUUUAAAGGAGAAAGCUUUGAUGACAUUUCUUCAAGAGUUCCACCUUUUACGAAUGAAGAAAUAGAAAAAUACUGAUCUAAAUAUUCAAAAGACAAUGAGUUGGCAAAUUAUGAAUCCGGGGAAGAGAACAUUGAUACUCUAUCAAUUCAUGCAAUCUCUCCAGUAGUGUAUAACUUAAUGGAAAACAGUGAAAAACCUUAUGAUACAGUGACACUUAAAGCAGCUGGAAAGGCUAUGGAGAAUCUGGUCCCUCUAGUGGAGAUCCUUAAGAGAAGGAUCAAGGGGCUCCACCAACUUAACAGUAUUAACCCAAUAACUGAGCAAAAACCAGAUGGAUCAGAAAGACAGUAUCUCAUUUUUAAAGUAAUUUUAUCAAAGGAAAAACUCGAAGAUAAUGGAAUCGGGUACCAAGAACCAAUUCCUGAAGACCAAGUUAAGGAAUAUUGGGAGCCAGAAUUCGAUGAUAGAGAUAGCUAUAGACCGAGAGGGUUCGCAAGAGGGAGAGGCUAUUAUAACGGAGGAUACAGACAUUAUCAUAACCCAUAUUCUGAAGAAUAUUACGGGGAUUGUGAUAAUCAUUACCAGAGAGAUCAAGAAUAUCCCCCUAUAGGAUACAAUGAAGAAGGCGACACUGAAGAAGGCUACACUGAAGAAGAUAACCAGAGUUAUAACGAAGAAGCCAUCAGUAAUAAGAGGCUACAGAGGAAGCAGAAGGCCUGUAUUACACUAAGUGUUCUCUUCCUAUAA